AUUUCUAAAUAAAACAACCAUUUUGAAGGGGUUAAGGUGCCAGAAGUAUUAACGUCGCAAUAAAUUGGUAUUUUAUAACAAAAAACGUUAGGUACAAUUAGGUAUACGUGAGUACAUGUCCCGCCAACAAGCGCUGAGUCAAACUGUAGUAUGAGUGACUGAUUUGCGGAACAAUUUGAAUUCAUGUUAUUUCGAUGCUGUAAUCGUGUAAUUUUAUAUAAAACUCAGAAAAUAAUCUACAAUGAUUACUUAACUACUUAUUUCUUAUUAACAAGAUAACUGUAACAAUUGUCAAUAUGAGCAAUAGCUACAUUAACAAAGGAAUUAUUUCUUAUAUGUAUUUAGAAAAUUUUGUAACUUAUAGUAGUGUUUCUAUAAAACCUGGUAAAAAUUUAAAUGUAAUUAUUGGUCCCAAUGGCACUGGUAAAUCUACAAUUGUUUGUGCCAUUGUUAUUGGAUUGGGCGGUAAACUCACUACCAUUGGGCGUGCAACUCAUGUUGCGGAUUACGUGAAAUCAGGUUGUGAAGAAGCGAAGAUUGAAAUACAUCUUACGAAUGGAGUAAAGGAUGAUGUCAUCAUUUGCAGAAUGUUCAAUAUACGGGGAAAAUCUUCGUGGUUACUCAAUGGAACUUCUUCGAAUAUUAAAGAGAUUCAAAAUCUAACGAAGACUUUUAAUAUUCAGAUAGAUAAUCUUUGUCAAUUUCUACCGCAAGAUAAAGUUCAGGAUUUUUCAAAAAUGAAUGCACAAGAAUUAUUAGAGAAUACAGAGCGAUCAGUAGGUGAUCCUAUAAUACUUGAACAUCAUAUGAACUUGAUAAAAUACAGAUCCGAACAUAAAGAGUUGCAGACACGGAUAGCAAGUAAAAAACGAGUAUUAGAAUCGAAGAAUCAGAUAUAUGAAGGACUUAAAGAAAGUGUUAGCAGUAUAAAAGAAAGGAAAUUAAUAAAGAAAAAAAUUAUUUCUUUAAAACAAAAAAAGGCAUGGAUACUGUAUGAACAAAAACGUAGAGAAGUAGCUAAGUUGCAAAGCAAAAAGGAAACUGCGAAGCAACAAGUGGUAUCUUUAGAAUCAGAAAUGAAACCUAUUAAUGAUUUAAUAGAAAAGAUAAAAUCAAAAAUUCGUUUGCUUCAGACGUCUGUAUCAGAGUUUAAUAGCAAAGUCAAAAUUAAGACCACAAAGCUGAGAGGGAUGUUGGAUGAUAUUUUGGGAUGUGAAAACCGAAUUAAGGAAUACGAAAAUGCAUGUAAACAAAGGAUUCAAGUGGAAGAAGCUCGAGACUCCGAUCUUGAUGUAGCAAAGAAGCAAAAAAGUAAACUUGACAAUGAUUUAGCUUUGAUAUUGAAAGAAAUUGGAUCAGAGGAAACACUAACAAAACUGCAACAGGAAAUAACAUCCUUAAUAGAUAAGCAAAGAAGUACCAUUGCCAUGCUAACAAGCAAACAUUCUGCCAUGAAACAACGAGACGAACGUUUGAAUCUUGAUGUCAGAGCCCAGGAAUCAGAAUUACAACUGCUUAAUAUCGAUACUAAACGAUUGCAAUUAUUACGAGAGAGAUCGAUGGAUACAUAUAAAGCAGUACAAUGGUUAAGAGAGAAUCGUAACAAGUUUUCUGGUAUAAUUCAUGAACCAAUAUUACUGAACUUAAAUGUAAAAGACGUCAAAUAUGCGAAAUAUUUAGAGAAUGUUAUCCCAUAUCGUGAUUUAAUCGCAUUUGUUUGUGAAAACAAAAAAGAUAUGAAUUUAUUGUUACGUUGUUUAAGAGAUGAGCAGAAACUACAAGUAAAUGCUGUACAUUCCGAUCCUAUGAAACAAGUUUUUAUGCAGCCAAAUGUUCCUUUGGAAAACAUUAAACAGUUUGGUUUCACCAACUAUUUAGUAUCGUUAGUCGAAGCACCGAGUACGAUUAUGAAAUAUUUAGUAACUAUGUACAAUUUAAAUAAUAUACCCAUAGGAACCAAUCGUGUUGAUGAUAACAUUGAUUUUAUACCUCACAAAAUAUCUCGCUACUUCAGCGAAAAUAAAAUGUAUUUAGUUAAUAGAUCUAAAUACUCAGGGGAGAAGUCUACCACGAUGCGAACAAUUUCAGGCAAUAGAAUGUUAUCUAUUGUAUUAGAUAAAUCUAAGUUAUCACAUAUUGAACAAAAGUUGAAAAUGUUACGAGCAGAAAAAAUUAAUAUAUCCAAUCAAAUGAAAGAAAUUGAAGAGGAGAUAUGUGGGCAAACCAAAGAGUUAGACAAACAUAGAGCUACUAGAAAUAAAACUCAGCAAGAUUGUCAACAAGUAAAUGCUCUAAAAUCCAGAAUAUCUUUAGUGAUAAAGAAGAUUGAAAGUCUACAAAAUGAACGUACCAGUAUUGAUGAAAUAAAACAGUCUUAUACUAAUAAAAUAAAGGAGGUUUUAAAUAAGGAAUUAAAAAUAUAUGAAUCAUACAAUAAAGAAUUGGAGGAAUGCUUCAAAUACAUUACCGACAACGAACAAGCCGAGUUGGCAUUAAAACUGCAAAAUCGAACUCUUAGAAUGAAAGUAAAUGAUUCUCAGGAUUUGAGGGAUAAGCUUAAAGUAGCAGAAGACAAAGUACGACAAAUUACCUCGGAAAUGCAACCAAUGAAAAAUGAAAUACAAAGGCUGUACAAAGAAGCGUUAGAAACUACCAAUGGUAUUAGUCCUACUGACGAAGCAUUCGCGCCCAUAAACAAGAUUUUUAAUAAGUUGCCACUAACUGUCGAAGAAAUUAAUAAUGAGCUAAAUAUCGCACAAGCAAAAGUUUUUUGUAUGGGAAACAAUAUGGACGGUGAAAGUAUAUUACGUGAAUACGAGGAAGUCGAGAAGGAUAUUGGGAACUUAAAGGAAUUUAUUCAGGAAAGUUCGCAACAGUUAGAAACACUUGAAAAAACGAUGAACACGACGAAAGAAGAAUGGCUAAGACCCUUGUCGCAAAUUGUAGACAAAAUCAAUUCAAACUUCAGCACAUAUUUCUCUGCAAUGGAUUGUGCUGGCGAGGUUACAUUGUUUGCGCCGGACAAUAUCAUGGAGUUCGAUCAGUAUGGUCUAAAAAUUAAAGUAAAGUUUAGAAAUACUGAUCAGUUACAUGAAUUAACAAGACAUCAUCAAAGUGGUGGAGAGAGAGCAGUAACCACUGCUAUUUUCAUGAUUGCUCUACAGGAACUAACUAGAGUACCUUUCCGAUGCGUCGAUGAAAUCAAUCAGGGUAUGGAUGCAGUAAAUGAAAGACGAGUAUUCAAUUUACUUGUGCAAAUGACCGGUAGACCAAAUAGUUCUCAGUAUUUUCUACUUACUCCAAAACUAUUACCUAACUUGCAAUAUUCCGAAACCGUGAGAGUGCACUGUGUUUUUAAUGGACCAUUCAUGAUCAACCAUACACAGUUUGAUACUGAAGAAUACUGCAAACAUGUUGUUGCAAUGUUGGAAAAAGAGAAUAUUGAUGAUUAAUCGCUAAUGUUUUCGUGUUGUCGGAUGUAUUUAUAAGGUUGAAUAGUUCUACAGUAUGUAAAUUAAAGUUGUAUGGUUAUUCAUAGUUCGUAUAUUUUUGCAUAUUGUUUAAAUGAAGUCUAAUUAUAUAAACAGAAUAUAUAUAUUUUGUGAAUA